GGCAGUGGGGUAGGGUGGGAGGAAACAGAGGCGGUGGGGGCAGUGACCUGGGCUCUGCCUGCCCCCACCCCCUUCUGAUGCCUUUGGUCACCCCUACCAUCAUGGGCAGUGCUUACCACUGGGAGGCUCGGCGUAGGCAGAUGGCUUUGGACCGGAGGAGGUGGCUGAUGGCCAAGCACCAGCGGCAGCAGCAGGAACAGCAGGAACAGCAGGAACAGGAGGAACAACUGGAAUGGCAGGAGCAACAGGUUUCAAUAAGUCAUUCCAGUCAAAUCCAGAUAAAUACGCAGAGCACUCACGAUUCACGUCGACGAAUUACAUGCAGCAGUGGUGAUCCAGAGACAGAUCCUCAACCCCACUGGCCAUCAGCAAAAAAACCAGAUGACCGCUUUCUCACCCCCUCCCCGCCCCCAGCAUCUCCACUCCAAAAGUCACCCCCUCCUGAUUCACUGUAGAAGAGGAGGCUAGCUGGGCAUAAAAUGUGAUUUCCUCUUGAAAAGAAUCAAUAGAU